GAAAGCUCAAGUACGGUCAGAUAUUAAACGAAGAUCCGUUAGUUUAACAUUUUUUCUUCAAGAGAACAAGUUGAGCGUGGCUUUGAACUACAAGACCCGAAAAUGUGCGACUACCAGAUGGAGUACUCCUUUAUUUUUGAAGACAGCUCCUGCGAGGGCGAUGCCUCGAUGGCGUCCUACGACAAUGGAUUCGAGUCCAUGUGGCAUCAAGUGCGCGAGGAGUUGCAAAGGGAGCGGGAGAUGAAUGAGCUCUGCCAGGUUUUCCAGCAAAACUUGAGCAUGAGUCCGCCGGUCAUCGCGGAUAGAUGGAGAUUCUGACUGGACCUCCCAAGAGCCAGCUUAUUGUGAUAUUUGUAAAUUAUAGUUUUAGCAGUUCGUUCGCCACAUAAGUGGGACAUCGUGAAUGCACUUUUGAUAAGUGCUCGAUUAUUUUAUAUUGUAACUACCAACCUUGCGAGGUCAUCGUAUACAUAGUUUCUUGAAGUCAAUUUGUCCGUGUAUUCAAAUGUUUGCUUUCGUGAAAACUCGCUUUGUUUUGUCACUCUACCAAGUAAUCAAUUUGUACCAAUCGCAUAUGGUUGUCCUAGAUCUAAAAAUGGCAAAAAUUUGCCUUCUAUUGCACAUAAUGUAUACAAGAAGAACGAGGGAAACUCGAAAUUUGUCAAAUACUUACCCCAAAAAUAUAUAGAAAUAUAUUUU